AAAAUGUUGAUCAAUUAAAAUUAAAUCAAAACAAUAUGUUAAAUAAUAUUAAUGAAAUAUUGUCAAAGGUACAACAACAUCCAGUUAAACCAAAUGUAUUUUCAACUAAAUCUCAUAAACGAAAAUUCAAGUCUGUUGAUGAUUUACUUGGGGAAAGUUCAGAAUCAGAAGCUGGAAAUAACAGCAAAUUGAACCCAUAUGAUUUAACUCCCACUCUUGUUGCUUUGGUUCGAAAUAAAAUGAAAGUAAAUGAACGACAUGAUGAAGAUUCUGAUGAAUCAAUUGAAAAUGAAUUUUCUUUUGAUUAUUCUAAAUCUUUUACUCACAGGACCAACCAGAAAGUCCUUAAAGCAUAUUUAUUAUUUUAUAUGAAAGAUUAUGAAUCACGAGGAGAUAACUUAAAAAAAAAUGAAAUAUGGUCGGAAGAGAUGGUUAGACAGAUAUGUAACACUUAUUUUGGAACAAGACGUAAUGUCUUCAAAUCUUCACCAGAAAAAUCAAAGGCUAUAAAAAUUAAUAACCGCCGUAACAAUAGAACAUUAAAGAAAUUUAAUGCUCGAAAUAGUGUUAUUGAUACAUUUGAUGUGGAAAUAUUAGGACAUCCAAUUAAAGAAAUUAAAGCACUAUUUGCACGAGAAUUAAUAUCACCUGAAAUUAGUGAAGACGAAGCCACAAUUAAAGAUAAAGCUAAUGAUGAAAUUUCAGAAGAAAUUUAUUAUGUUCCUUCCAUCCCUUGGCGUAGUAAUGAGGCUAUUAAAGUGCGUGAUAUUAUUGAUGCUAAAGUUAAGGUUGAACAACAACGUCAAGCAAAGUUACGCAAAGGUUCUGUUAGUGGAAUAACAACUCCUAAUCAACGUAUACCAGUAUCUCCAAAUAAAGAUAAAUUUCGUCAACUAGUAUCAUUCAUUCCAGCCUGCCCAACAUCAUCAAAUUUUCCGCGUUGGGCUAUUAAGAAAUCAUACAAUCUAAAUACUGGUAUUUAUAAUGCAGUAGACUCAGAUUCAGAAUAUGAAACCAUAAAUUAAGAUAUAGCGAAGUCUACUCAAAUGAAUGUUGAUUCAGUAACAGAGGACUUUGAAAGUGAUUUAACAAGAUCAUUGAAUAAUUUCAAUAAUAAAGUUACAAAUU